AUGACGUCCAACACGACUAUAGUCCCACAAGUGCAAAGUAGAUCUUCCAAACGAAGUCGCAAUCGUACACUACUCUCAUGUACGGAAUGCCAUAGGAGGAAACAAAGAUGCAAUCGAAAUCAUCCCUGUAAUGAUUGUCUGGAGCGGCGUGUUCCACAUAAGUGUCAAUUUGUGAUACCUUUGGAACAAAGAAGACAGAGAGAUUCGAAACUUGAUUAUCAAACCACAAAAGCUGCUCGUGAUCGAAGGAUACUUGCUGGAGAGGAAGUUCUACUUAGCCUUGAAUCGGUCGACGAUCUAAGAAGCGUUGGAUCAUCUUAUGCAUCCACUCGUGCGCCUACAGAUUUAACACAGGCAUUGUUCUCUAAUCAUACUCCUACUCACGAUAUAAAACUGCGGGCUUCCUCUUGGCACAAUCUAACGAGUGGGAUUCUAGAUGCGUUCGAUCCAUUCUCGAUAUUUCCAGAUACAGGUGGAGAUCCACUUUCCAAAUCAAUUCUCAUAGAAUACUUUGUUAAGCAAUUAUGUCCGUGGCUUGGUACAUAUGAUGACGCUAAAGUUGUGGGUCGCCCAGCAUUCUCCUGGCUACCAUUUGCUUUGCAACAUCCCCCGUUAUUCUAUGCUACGUUAUUAGGUGCAGCCGUUCACCUGGACCGCAAAAGACCUAUAAACAAACGCAGUCUGGUCUGGUACAAGAUUGAGACAAUGCGUUUAGCAAAUGAAACAAUGAAUGUACCUCGCGAGGCUGCUACGGAUCAAAUGCUUAUAGUCGGUGGUGGAGAUGGAGAAGAAUACGAAAUGCAUCUCUUAGGUAUUAAUCAAAUGUUAACCAUGAGAGGUGGUAUGGACAAUUUAGGGAUGAGAGGUAUGGUUAAAAACUGGCUGGGAGUUUGUUAUGGUCCUUGGCAUCAUGAUUGGCACUAUGGUCUUUUUGUGGAUUUUUAUGGCAUCAAACGACAUUCGUACAUGAGAUGA